ACCAUAACUUGACGAUAACCAUCCUAGAAAGUUCAGAGCACGAAUUUGACAUUCGUGGUUCAGAGAGAAAUAGAAGAAAACAUUUUAUUUUAAAAAUGGCGGCCAAGUCAAAGAAGCGGCUGUCUAAAAUUGAAAAUAAGUUACUAAAAUUAGAUAAAUUGGAAUUACAAGAUGUUUUUUGCUCCAUUUGCCACUCCAUUCUUAUAGAACCCGUCACCCUUCCGUGUUUUCAUGAUUUUUGUCUAGGUUGUUUCAACGGUAGUAUAGAAAAUAAUGCUUUAUGUUGUCCUUUAUGUCGUCUACGUAUAGGUUCUUGGCUAAGAAAUGCCACAAAACAAAAGAAUUUAGUAAAUAUUGAAUUGUGGAAUUUUAUAAAGUUAAAGUUUUCUCAUGAAAUAGAUACUAAAGUAAAAGGAGAGGAUAAUAUUAUAUUAGAAGAGCCUCCAUUACCUAGACUCAGUGCACCAGGUGAAAUAAGAUUAGAAUAUGAAGCGGAAUUAAAACGAUUACGAGAUGAACGUUUGCAACUUGAACAUAAGCACAUAAAAGAGACUGAAAGUCUAAUUCAUAAAAUUCAGGAAGAAGAAGAAGAAGCACACAAGAAGUAUUUAGAAGCUUUGAAAAAAGACGAAAUAUUAGCAUUGCAAAUACAAAAUGAACACAAUAAAACCUCCAUUGCUCAAAGCAAAAAGAAAAAUAAUUUAAAAAAUACAUCUGUUAACUCGAAAUUUAAGAACACUAAGAUUGAACGUUUUCUAGACAAGACUUUCACCGCUGAAUUGAAAAAGUGAGUAUAUUAUAUUAAUAUAAAAUAGUUUCCCCCAGUUUCUUCGUCUGCAUCAAUCUGUAUUAUACAUAUAAACCUUCCUCCUGAAUCACUUUGUAUAUUGAUAAAAAACCAUUAAGAUUUGUGUAGUUUAAUAGAUCUCAGUAUACAGACAGCAGGAAACGAUUUUGUUUUAUAUUGUUUCAUAUAGAAUUUUGGCCAUAACUUUUACCAUAAUAAAGUAGCUAUCUUAAUUAAUCCUGAAUUGACAGAUGACAACACUACAAAUACUGAUAGUUCAACCCAGGAAAAAAUAAAUCGAGAUCUUGAUACUUCACCUGAAAUGGUGCCUACUUAUGGCAAAUUAAUUAAACAUUUUAUAGAUAAAAAAGUUAAGAAUAGCACUGGAAUUUGGAAUAAAGAAAACGGUGAAAAUGUUAAGAUGAAGGUAAAUAAGGAUUGCUUUAUUAUUCACUAACUUUCGGCCAGCGGCUUCGCCCGCGUGGUCUUGCAUUAUACAUAAAAACCUUCCUUUUGAAUCACCCUAUCUAUAAAAGAACCGCAUCAAAAUCCGUUGGGUAGUUUUAAAGAUUUAAGCAUACAUAUGGAUAUAGGGACAGAGAAAGCGACUUUGUUUUAUAACAUGUAGUGACUAUGAUUUUGUGUUGUACAGUGAUUAAAUAUUAUUGGAUGUAUAAACCUACUAUUAUAAUAUUUCAGGAGCCUCCACCUGUCAAUGGCAAAGUGACAGAAAGUGUUGAUGAGACCAACGUAAUGAAUAAACAUAUAACCCAGUCUUUGCUUGUAUCGCUUCCAUUAUCAUGUACUGGGAUACUUCAACACAAAACAAAUGUUGUUGAAAACAAAAAUAUGGAGACUGAUAGUGUAGACUCUAUGCGUCAAGAGUUGUGCUACUUCAAACCAAUAGAGAGCACUACGCCUACUAGUUUUAAAUCAAACAAAGGCCUACCUCUGCGUGUACCUGGAUUGCGUGUUGAGGAAGAGAAAAAUUCCCCUACGCAACAAGUAUCACCAAGCUAUACUCAGUAUUUAGAGGGACUAUGCCAGCUUCGUAAUUUAUCACUAGCAAAAAACUUACCAUCCGCUUUCGUAAUAGCACUGAAUAUGUUACGAGUUAAAAAAGGACACUCUGUCAAGUGUACAAAUACUAGAUCCAAAGCAAAGAAGACAGCUUCGUCGAAUUUAUGUGUUGUGCCAAUAUUACCUAUUAGAAAGACUACUAACAACAAAACAAAACAGAAUGUCAUGGUAGAUGGUAUUACUGAAUUAUAUACAGAGACUAAUCUAAGACGAACAAGAUCUAUGGGUAGCAUAACAAAAGAAGAUAAUGAGACUACACCAAAAAAAGGUAAACAUGACAGGAAGGCGUGUUCAGAACGUAAGCCAUAUUUAAGAAGUGAUUCUAAAAGAUCUAAUACCAAAAAGGAAAUCGAUAGUCCACCACAAUCUCCGGAAUCAUUUAAUAAUAAUAAGGUGAAUUUAGCUGUAAAGAAUUUAUCUAGUCCGUUAAAAAAUUGUGAUGUUAAGAAGAUACUGCAGGAGCAACUUAGGAUUGAAAAAAUUAUAGAACAGGAGAAGAGUGAUUAUGAAUUUGCCCGCAAGAUGGAAGCGGAGUGGAACGGUCGACGGCAGACGCGCCGUACCGCCAUUAAACGUCAGGUAACGAUCAACUAUGCUCUCAGACCUGCGAAGAAACUAAAAGUUUAAACCGAGAUCUCUCAAUACUCACCUCAUCAACUAUUAUAAUAAGUAUUUAUUUACCUAUAGGUAGGUACUUCAUAUCUGAGUGGCAUUAAAAUGUAAAUAAAAAUUAACUGAUGUUUACAAUAUUUUCUCUGACCAUAUUUCACAUGAUUCAUUUAAAGAUAGUUUAUCGUAAAUGGGUGUUCCAACUGUCAUAGCUUCAGGAAAGCGCUUUUUAGAGACAAAUUAUAUUUCGAGUAAUAUUAUUUUGAAAAAUAAACAGUAAGAAAAGAAAUCAGCAAUAGGGAAUAUACGUCUGAUUCAAGGGGUUAAAUAUAUUUUAUAAGAAUAUAUCAUAACCCUAGCCGUCGUCAUAAUGACAAGCGCGACAAAAAUUACGUUUAAAGUGUCCAGUUGUUGUUUCAUUUUUGAUUUUAUGAUUUAUUCUUGUUACUAAAUUUCAGUUUCUCAGCUCUGGGUAUUUUAUGUUAUGUUAAUAUAAUGUAUACAAUGAUAUAACUUAUAAUAUAAAAAUAUUUUUAGAAAUUGUGCAUAUUCUCUAUUGAUUCAAAAUGUUUAGUACCUAUUUUAAUAAAUUCAAAAUGUAUUUAUGCAUAAUAUGUAUUAUAAUCGAAUGGGUGUUUUCUAACAUUUUCCUGUGAUUACAACGGCUGCU